AUGGCGGCGGUCGAAGCCCCAGAUGCUAUGGAGGAAGACAAGGCGUGGGAUCAGGCCGUAUCCAGAAUGGAUGAGCCCGUGAUGUCGCAAUCUAAAACGGACGAUUCAGUUGACCCCAUGGCGCUGCUGGUGUACUAUCGCCGCAUUUUGCCCUUCAAGUCCUUGUACAUGUGGUUGAAUCGUGAUAUUACUCCCGCGCGGAACUUUACGCACCGCGAAUUUGCCCUUACUCUUCAGAAUAACGCCUACCUACGAUACCAAAGCUACUCGACGUGGGACGAGUGGAAGAAGGAAGUGUGUCGACUGAACCCAUCGCGAUUUGAAAUCGGACCGGUCUACAGCGCCAAGCCCAAGGACCGCAAGACAAUGCAAAAGGCCACGUUCCGACCUGUCGCUCGCGAACUUGUGUUUGAUAUUGACAUGACAGACUAUGACGAAAUUCGAACGUGCUGCUCCGAUAAAAGUAUUUGCCAUCGGUGCUGGAAGUGGAUUGGGGUGGCGGCCGAAGUGUUGGACAUGACACUACGUGAAGACUUUGGCUUUAAGCAUAUCGUCUGGGUAUAUUCAGGUCGGCGUGGUAUUCACUGUUGGGUAUCGGACCAGGAAGCCUUUGUGCUGGCCGACGAUGCACGUAAGGCCCUCGUCGGCUGGAUCGAGGUGAUCAAAGGCAGUGCCAAUCAGGCCAAGAAGGUGUCCUUGGGUGCGUCCGCACCCGGCUUCCAUCGCACGCUGCAUCCUAGCCUGCGACGUGCGUUGGGUCACGACAUUCUGACGGCCACAAGCAGUACAGCCCACGCAAGGCAUCGUGGUUUGCUACAGCGCGCCUUUGUGGAUUUGGUUCUGCAGGACCAGGACUGUUUCCGUGCACAGGAUCGCUCUGACGUGCUUUUGUCAUUGCUGCCGGCGUCCGAUGCAGAUGCAUUGGCCAAGCUGCAGUCCAAGUGGGCCACCUCUCGUUCAAGUGUGCAAAAAUGGGAUGACGUACUGGAGGUAGCCGCCCGCUCGCAGGAACGCCUCCGGCCCGCGUGGGUGGCGGCGCUCGAAGAUAUUGUGCUGCAGUACACAUAUCCACGCAUCGAUUCAGAGGUAUCGAAACGGCAGAACCACUUGCUCAAGGCGCCUUUUGUGGUGCAUCCGUCGACAGGCCGCAUUUGUGUUCCGCUCGAGCUAGAGCAGAUUCAGUCGUUUGAUCCUCAGACAUCUGCACCGACCGUCGAGCAGGUACUGCAAGAGCUGAAUCAAGUGGCCGAGGCGUCGGGCCAUAAUGAGUGGGAAAAUACGAGCUUGCGUCCCUUUGUCGCACAGUUUGAUCAGGUGUGCACGCGGAUCGUGCGGCAGGCGCAGGAGCAGAAACGCAUUGCGCAGAGACAGUCGCUUGACUUUUAA